AUGCAUCCGACCCCACUUCCAUCAGAUACACUCUCUUUGAACAAUGCGCCCGCACAGGUCGUGCAUCCAUUUUACUCCAGUGAUUCAGCAGCAACCGCAUUUGCGCGUGCCACUGUCAGCCCUGACACUCUCGAUGCCUACAUGAGCAUCACGACGUCUCUCAAAUUCAACAAACAUUCAUUUGAGGAGCUACGGCUAGCGUGCCUUCUUGCUGGCAAGGAACUUACUUCAAUUGAAAUUCCGACACGUGGGUUGCUACCAGCCCCAGCUGCCCUACCCCUCAUUGGAUGCCCACGGGGUGAAACACUCCGAUAG